GUCACCGGCUCCUGCAAGUGCCAGAGCCAGGCGGGCAGCGCGGAGGCUGCGGUGGCCGUGGCCGCGGAGCUGGCCCUGCGGGGCCCCGGGGGGGAGGGGGAGCCGCGAAGCCCCCGCUGAGGCCGCCGCUGCCGGGCCUCCCCUCCCCCCCGGGCGCCAUGCGGGGGGGCCCGGGCGAUGCGGAGCGGCGACAGCGCUGGGGUCGCCUCUUCGAGGAGCUGGAUAGGAACAAGGACGGCCGCGUGGACGUGCACGAGUUGCGCCAGGGACUGGCUCGGCUGGGCGGGGGCGACCCGAACCGCGACACCCAACAGGGCAGUUCCCCUGAGGGUGACACUGACCCACACGGUGGGCUGGACCUGGAGGAGUUUAGCCGCUACCUGCAGGAGCGAGAACAACGCCUGCUGCUUCUGUUCCACAGCCUGGACCGGAAUCAGGAUGGUCAUAUUGAUGUGUCUGAGAUCCAGCAAAGUUUCCGAGCUCUGGGUAUUUCCAUCUCUCUGGAGCAAGCAGAGAAAAUUCUGCACAGCAUGGACCGUGACGGCACAAUGACCAUCGACUGGCAGGAGUGGCGCGACCACUUCCUGUUGCAUUCGCUGGAGAAUGUGGAGGAUGUAGUCUAUUUCUGGAAACAUUCGACGGUCUUGGACAUCGGCGAGUGCCUGACUGUUCCUGAUGAGUUUUCAGAGCAGGAGAAGCUGAGCGGCAUGUGGUGGAAGCAGCUGGUGGCGGGUGCGGUGGCAGGCGCUGUGUCGCGGACGGGCACAGCCCCUCUGGACCGCCUCAAGGUCUUCAUGCAGGUCCACGCCUCCAAGACCAACAAGCUGAACAUCCUGGGGGGCCUAAAGAACAUGAUCCGAGAGGGGGGCAUGCGCUCCCUGUGGCGUGGGAAUGGGAUUAACGUGCUUAAGAUCGCGCCAGAGUCGGCUAUCAAGUUCAUGGCCUAUGAGCAGAUCAAGCAGGCCAUUCGAGGGCAGCAGGAGUCACUGCACGUGCAAGAGCGCUUUGUGGCCGGCUCCCUCGCUGGCGCCACAGCCCAAACCAUCAUUUACCCCAUGGAGGUGCUGAAGACGCGGCUGACCUUGCGCCGGACGGGCCAGUACAAGGGGCUGCUGGACUGUGCAUGGCAGAUCCUGGAGCGAGAGGGGCCCCGAGCCUUCUACCGAGGCUACCUGCCCAACGUGCUGGGCAUCAUCCCCUACGCAGGCAUCGACCUGGCCGUCUAUGAGACAUUGAAGAACCGAUGGCUUCAGCAGUACAGCCACGACUCGGCCGACCCAGGCAUCCUCGUGCUCCUGGCCUGUGGCACCGUCUCCAGCACCUGCGGCCAGAUAGCCAGUUACCCCCUGGCCCUGGUCCGGACCCGCAUGCAGGCCCAAGCCUCCAUCGAGGGCGCCCCCCAGCUCUCCAUGCUGGGUCUGUUCCGUCACAUCCUGUCCCAAGAUGGCGUGUGGGGCCUCUACCGGGGCAUUGCCCCCAACUUCAUGAAGGUUAUCCCGGCUGUGAGCAUCUCCUAUGUGGUCUACGAGAACAUGAAGCAGGCCCUGGGGGUCACGUCCAGACCCCAGCUCCCUCAGGCCCCAGAUCCAGCACCGGGUCCUAGAUCCCCAAACCCGCUGGCGGAUCCCAGAUCCCCAUGCUUCCAGCCCUGGAUCUCCAAGCUCAGCCACUGGAUUCUGGAUAUCAAGAAGCCCCAGCCACUGGAUCCCAGAUCCCCUCACCCCAGCUACUGGAUUCCCGAAUUCCUUUGCCGUGACACUGAGUCCCGGAUCCCUCCGCUUUGACUACUGGAUUCCAUACAUUUCAACCACUACACCCUCAACCCCCAACCACCGGAUCUCGGAUUCCCAAGCCCUGACCGGCUGGAUCCUGGCUUCUAAAUCCACAAUGUGAGAGCCCAACGGCAGAGCGCGUGGGUCCCAGCGACUGCAGCUGUUGGGCCCCAACCCCUUCACCACAGGCACUGGAUGCUGAAACCUCACCCAUAGGAAGGAGACCCGACCCUUCCAAGCACUGGAUCCCAGCCCCUUAACCCCUGGAUUCUGACCGGAAUCCUCCCAAGGCACUGGAUCCUGAGUGCUCAGACUCUGAGCCUAGAUAGAUCCCAAUAGGCCAAUCACAGCAUCCUGGACCCCACACGCCGCCGUCCCAGACACACCACAGAGCCCAGGGCCCUCCCCACUCCCCGUGACACAAAGCCCAUGGUCUAAGGAGCCUGCGGGAAGCCCGGGUCCUGGCCUCCUUCUUGGGACUUGUCCAAAGUCCUGAGCCAUCUAAAAGCUGGCAGCACAGGAAGGAGAGGUCCCUCCCACACCCUAGACAGAGGCUGGACACCCCCACCACCUACCCAGCAUGGCUAUGCCUCUGGCCCCUGGGGAAACUGCUACCCCGAAAUGCUCUGCAAUGUCCUCCGUCCCCUUCCCACCUUUAGGCUAACGAUAACCCCCAGUCACUCUUCCUUGGGGGCUGGCAAGGGGGCAGUCUGAGGCUGGGGACACAUUAAGGGGACCCCCCCCCAAACCCACCCUAGCACUGCCAGCCUCUCCCCAGGCUUCAGGGUUGGGAGCCAGGAGGAAGUCUACCCGGACUAGCCUUCCCUGGAGCCCAGCAUCUGCUUUUGCAAAACGAACAGGCCAAAUCCCCAAACUCAGUCUACGUCUAUUUUUCUACCAGAGAGGAGCAGACAUUCCUUCCCCCUCAAAUAACCCAAGCCCCCCCCCCCAGCACCCCCCACUACCCUGUACAUUCUGCACUUUAUAGUUGGAUUCUGAGCUUAGCAUAACUGGGGACCCCCUCCCUUCAUUCCUCCCAAGUCUUUGGGGAACCCCAUUAGAGGACUGCAAAAGAGGAGCUGUGUUGUUUCAGGGGGCUGGAGGACCCCCCCCCCCCCACCCCACCCCACCAAAACCGUGUCUCACCUCCCCCCCUGUGUGUGUUUUUUCCAAGAAAAAAAAAAAAGGAACAAUUU